AACUAAUCUUGUGUGCUAAACUAGGCCCGGUGGUUUUGCAGGACCUCACACAUGUAGGCAUCGCCGAGCGUGCCGAGAUUCUCCCCAAUCGGAGCCGCCGUCCCUGAAACGCAGUGCCGAGCUUUCCAGACCGUCCGCCAUGACGGCGAGCAGGUUAGAUCAGCUCUACAGGAGCAUCCUGCACUCCCGGUUCUUCAUCAAGGGCUGGGGACAACCCGACAGCCUCAAGCGGAUGUUCGAGCUGCGCCAGUGGAUACGCAACCGCGAGAACUCGCGUCAGAUCGUCUCGCCGGAUCACCCGAUUCACAUCGACAAGGAGGCGACGACCAGCGACUGCAAGAUCCUCGAGGGACACUUCCUGUCGCCGAUGGUCGAGUUCGCGCCGGGAAUGGUCCCGCCGGAGGCAGAGGUCGCCAAAUUCCAGAUGAUACUGCCGCUGAAGUGGAAGAGCCAGCUGCGGCCGAUGUGCGUGCACCUCGCCGGCACGGGCGACCACGGCUACUGGAAGCGUCGGACGCUGGUCGCGCGGCCGCUCGUCAAGCAGUCCGGCAUCGCGUCGAUCCUGCUCGAGAAUCCGUAUUACGGCGCUCGCAAGCCGAAGGAGCAGUGGGGGUCGGCGCUGCAGAACGUCACCGAUCUCUUCGUGAUGGGCGGCUGCCUGAUCCUCGAGUCGAUCGCGCUCUUCAACUGGUGCGAGCGGCAGGGCUUCGGUCCGAUCGGCAUCACUGGGAUCUCGAUGGGCGGGCACAUGGCGUCGCUCGCAGCGGGAAACUACCACAAGCCUAUCCCGCUCAUCCCGUGCAUGUCGUGGAGCACGGCGUCGAGCGUGUUCACGCGCGGCGUCCUCUCCGGUUCUAUCGACUGGCAGCUGCUGCAGUCACAGUACAAGCAGCGCCAUCUGGAGGAGCAGGAUUUCCGACACAUGCUGCACUCGCCCGAGUCGACGAAUCCGGCGUUCUGCCUCGGCCGAGAGUUCGCGCGAGGGUACCCGUACGGUCGGCAGUUUGUCGAGAAGUUUCAGCGCAUGGAGGUCGCGAAACAACAUGAGAUGGACAUCCUCGUUCUGCGAGCGAUCCUCGAGUACCAGGCGCUGAGCAAGCGGCGGCGCGCGGAGCCGGGACGCCGCGCCGCGAGACACUUCAUCAACGACCGCGCCGCCACCGAGCGAAAGUUCGCGCACCUGCAGCGUGCGGCAGGGGGCGCCGACGAGCUCGACGUCGCUGCAUGCCGCCAGGCGGCGCUGUACUUCGAGGCGGCAGACCGGCGGCGGGAGCACGUGCGCGAGCACACGGAGAAGGACAGUGCCGCCUACCAGAUGUUCCGCUUCAUCCACAACCAGGCCGACGACGAGGACGCCGCCUCGUGGUGGCGCGGCGACGGCGACGAUGACAGCGGCGCCUCCUGGUGGCGGCGGCGGCGCGAUGAGCACGAGGACGCGCACGAUUUCAUGCGCGGCGUCAUGGAUGAAUUCACGCACGUCGCCAACUACUCGGUGCCCGUCGACACGAGCCUGAUCAUCGUCGUCGCGGCGGAGAGCGACGCCUACAUCCCGCGCGAGGGCGUGUUCGCGCUGACGGACGUGUGGCCGGGCUGCGAGGUGCGCUACGUACAAGCCGGACACAUCGCGACCUUCCUCUUUAAGCAGCACGUGUUUCGGCGUGCGAUUGCGGACGCGUUCAACCGCGCCGCCGUCAAAUACUUUGGCGCGUCGCUCGAUGGCGCCCCGUCGCCGUCGCGACACCCGCAGAACAAGCGCGCGUUCGAGCAGGUUGCCCUAGACCAUGUUCCCGUGCAAGCCAAUCCUGCUUCGUCUCCGCACGAGGAGGGGAGAGGAAGCGAGAGGGCGAAGGAUGCACAGUACUGAGUCGUCGUUACGUCGAAGAGAAAGCUACUCAAUCUGGUCAGACGAUGUGCUCUCAGUUUCAGUCACACAGCUGCUUUGCUUGUUUGUGAGCUUUGCACGAAAGAAAACGGGUAUUGUGGUAGAUUCUUUAGGCAGAUAGUGUUUACAUUUCUUUCUCUGCUUAGUCUGCUAUAGAAUGGCUCUUCUUAGCUAUGCUUGUAGAAUUUUAGGUUUAUAAUGAAGGUGCUGCUAAACCGUCACUGAGGUGCUGGAUUCCAGAUUUCAGAAAAAAUUCAUUACGUGCAACUUGUUUGCUUCAUACAGAAGUAAUGAAAUUGUGUUUGAGCAUUUUAUAACUUAGUUUUAGAUGGGAGUUAAUUUUUUAAUACAUAACUAUAUAUAUUUCUGGACUCAGCAUAUUGAUUUACUAAAUUAUUUGCACGCGUCUGAACAUUUCUUCUCCCUGUUUAUCUGUAAAUGUACGUGUUUAUCAGAUUGUGGGGGUUGCCAAUGUCGAUUUGUUGGUUAGUAAGAUUUUGACCGUAGUCUCAGGCUGUUACUUAUUACAAUGAAGUAUUAGAUAUUGCGUGCGUAUUUACUUCUGAUAAUGUGUGUGCGUAUUUACUUCUGAUAAUGUGUGUGCGUACUGCCUCGUGGUGCCUAGACUAUCGUAUAUUGUAUUCUCUAGCACAUGCUCUUCGAUCGCUUCUCUUUGUAUAGUUCUUUCAGUGCAUCUGCGUGAGUGAUGUUGCCGAGUUGAUUAGCUGCAAUGUUACCUGGGUCGUCAAAAUCAUGGUCACCUAUAAUUCUAUUGUAAAAAUUUGUCAUCCAUGGCCAUGCUACGCAAUGUAGGUACCAUGUAUCAUCUCAUUGAGUAUCUUAUCUUCUAGGAUGUAGUUUCCAAGAGCAAGGGGGCUGCUUCCCCCAUGCAGAUAGAUAGUGGAGCAAGAUAAAAUAUUGUAUAAUAUAAUAAACGUUAUACAUAUUGAUAACCCUGCAAUAAUUGUAUAAAAUAAUAAAACAAAAUCAUCCACUCACAUGGCUCAAUUC